CCCAUCGCGGGGGGCUUCAACAAAGCCCCGGGGCUGAAGUACGAGGAGAUAGACUGUCUGAUCAAUGACGAGCACACCGUUAAAGGGAGGAGGGAAGGCAACGAGGUCUUCCUGCCGUUCAGCUGGGUAGAGAAAUACUUUGAGGUUUAUGGGAAAAUUGCUCAGUACGAUGGUUAUGACAGGUUUGAAUUCUCUCAUAGCUACUCCAAAGUAUACACACAGCGAGCACCUUACCACCCCGAUGGGGUCUUCAUGUCCUUCGAAGGCUACAACGUGGAGGUUCGAGACAGAGUGAAGUGCAUAAGUGGUGUUGAAGGUGUGCCAUUAUCCACGCAGUGGGGCCCUCAAGGCUAUUUCUACCCCAUCCAGAUUGCACAGUACGGGUUGAGUCACUACAGUAAGAACCUGACAGAGAAACCCCCUCACGUGGAGGUGUAUGAAACAGCUGAAGAGAAGGACAGAGCUGGCAGGUCUGCGGAGUGGACAGUGCCCAAAGGCUGCUCCCUGUCCACAGUGUCUGACAGAGCCAAGUUCACCAGUGUCAAGCAGUUCAUCGCUCCAGACAAUACCGAAGGGGUAUCUCUGCAGCUUGGGAACACCCGAGAUUUUAUCAUUUCCUUUGAUCUCAAAUUCAUCACAAACGGGAGCGUUUCCGUGGUUCUCGAGACGACAGAGAAGAACCAGCUCUUCACUGUGCACUACGUCUCCAACAACCAGCUCAUCGCUUUUAAGGACCGAGACAUCUACUACGGCAUCGGCCCCAGGACUGGCUGGAGCACCCUGACCAGAGACCUGGUGACUGACCUGCGGAAGGGCGUCGGGCUCUCCAACACAAAAGCUGUGAAGCAGACCAAAAUCAUGCCCAAGAGAGUGGUGAGGCUGGUGGCAAAGGGAAGAGGCUUCCUCGACAACGUCACCAUCUCGGCCACUGCUCACAUGGCGGCUUUUUUUGCUGCCAGUAACUGGCUGGUGAGGAACCAGGACGAGAGGGGCGGCUGGCCCAUCAUGGUGACGAGGAAGCUGGGGGAAGGCUUUAAGUCCUUGGACCCGGGCUGGUACUCGGCUAUGGCACAAGGACAGGCCAUCUCGACGCUGGUGCGGGCGUACCUGCUGACGAAGGACCACGCGUUCCUCAGCUCGGCUCUGCGGGCCACGGCGCCGUACAAGCUGCCAUCGGAGCAGCGCGGGGUCAAAGCCGUCUUCAUGAACCGGCACGACUGGUACGAGGAGUACCCGACCUCCCCCAGCUCCUUCGUGCUCAACGGCUUCAUGUACUCCUUAAUCGGGCUCUAUGACUUGAAAGAAACGGCCGGGGAGAAGCUGGGGAAGGAGGCGCGGGUCCUCUACGAGCGGGGCAUGGAGUCCCUCAAGGCCAUGCUUCCCCUCUACGACACCGGCUCAGGGACCAUCUAUGACCUUCGGCACUUCAUGCUCGGCACCGCUCCCAACCUGGCCCGCUGGGACUAUCACACCACCCACAUCAACCAGCUCCAGCUCCUCAGCACCAUCGACGAGUCCCCCAUCUUCAAGGAGUUCGUCAAGAGGUGGAAGAGCUACCUGCGAGGCGGCCGGGCAAAGCACAACUAG